CUUCUUAAUGGAGAUGGAAUCUUCAGCGGGAGCAGAAGAAGAUAAGAAAGAAGAAAACCCACAAUCUUGAUGUUUUUAAAGUUCCUCUUUUUCAAAAAAGUUGGGACUUUCUCUGUAUGAGAAAAAUAAAGCAUUUUUUUCAACACACAUUACUUUCGUGUUCUAAGUCUCAAAAUUUCUCUAAUUUUCGUUCUAACAUAUAUAAUCAAUUCCUCACCCCAUGGAAGAAAAAAGAAAGAAAGACGAUCCACCAUCCACACGGUUCACAUGGACGAUUGAGAACUUUUCGAAGCUGAAUACCAAGAAGCUAUACUCUGAAAGUUUCUAUGUUGGAGGAUACAAAUGGCGGGUGCUUAUAUUCCCAAAGGGGAACAAUGUGGACCAUUUCUCAAUGUAUUUAGAUGUUGCGGAUUCAGCAACUUUGCCAUAUGGGUGGAGCAUAGACGCAAAUUUCAGCUUAUGUGUGAUCAAUGGUAUUCAUAACAGUUUUACCGUGAAGAAAGAAACUCGACACCAGUUCAAUGCACAAGAAAGUGAUUGGGGUUUCACUUCAUUCAUGCCUCUCAGUGAACUGUAUGGCCCUUCUUGGUUUUAUCUUGCGUUCGAUAGAUGCGUAAUUGAAGCUGAUGUUACGGUCUUCCAUUCAGCUGAUGAUUACUUGGCACAUGACCUAAUAAAAGAGACUGGCCAUAUUGAGGCGGCAAAGACUACCUCGGGCAAAGGUGAAACUCCCAAGUCUUCUUGUCAAGGGGAAAUAAUUGGGAGGAUUAACAGACCCACUGCUUCUGGUACCCAUGCAAUCCUGCCUCGGACUGAUACCUCGGGCCGGUCUCUUGUCAGUAAAUCAGCGACCGAGGUGAUCAAGACUUCUGUCCCACCAACCACUCAGGCCCAAGAGUCUGUCGGCAGCUGUACUCUGGUCGCAAUCAACAAUGAAGAUGAGUUGCCAAGGAGUCCUCCAAUGAGUUCUCCUCCUGAUUCAUUUUCGUUUGAUGACAUGGAUGCCUAUAUCUCCAAGUUGGUGUCUGUAGUAGAGACUGAUGCACCCUUUGACUCCAGUAUCGAAGGAUCGGUCGCAGCCUCCAUUCCUCAAUCAACUAUUGAGGAAGCCAAAAAAUUCUUUAUAAAGAUGCUAUCUCGGGACCUAUCAGAAAUUCCUGAUUUUGCCGCACACCUUACAGAAUCCAUCUUUGUCUUGUCAGAGUGCUGUGACCUUAGUCCAGCCCAGCUUGCAGAGUUGAACACCCUUAAUGUUGCGUUUCCAACACUUCUCAAAACUUAUCAGACUUCCAACCUUUCUUUGAAGGAGGUCGAAGGAAAAAUGGAAGAAAAGCAAGGAACAAAGAAGUCUUUGGUUGAGCAAGUAAAGAUUAAUGCAUUCGCAUUCCAAACACAGAGGGCUAUUCACAAGGACUUGAUCUCGAAGGAGGCCAAGCUUCAACAAGAGGUUGAGCGUCUGCAGGCAGAACUGGCAAAGAUCUCUGAGAAGAAGAAAAGUGCUGAGAAAGAGAUCAAGGAACUGCAUGGGAAGACGGUUAAUCUAGAACAGUCUAGGUCCUCCGUUCUUGAGGAGAUCUCAACUCUUGAGACCGAGAAGAAGACUACGGAGAGUUCUCUGUCCUUGGUCCAACAAAAAUGGAGCGAUGUAAGGCACCUAUUCAUGGAACCAAACAAUUAAUCUCCAUUUUUUUUUUUUUUUUGUCUUUGUGACGAUAAACUUUUGUUGAUGUGCUGUUAUAUUUGUCUCUAUAGGCCUUUUAGGAUAUUUUACUUAUUUCUGGUUUGUUGGGAUCGAUACUCUAUACAGUCUAUAGUUUUUAGUUCUUUAGUUCUACUAAUGAAUGUGAUUAACUUUUGCA